GAUAUUGACCCAUGUGGUGUCGGUAUUCCAGGAUUUAUGAUGUUUGUGUUCAGUGAUGAUUGAAAAUUGAGUCGAAGAGGAGAAUAUUCUGUCGACUGGUUGUAAGAUGAUGCAGUCCACCUGUCAGCCGCACCAGGUGCCCCAGCCCAACGGCAGUUCUGCCAGCAGAACAUCCUUCUUGAUUGAGGAUAUUCUCAGUCGGGGGAGUGUUCAUCAAGUUGGCCACAAUCAGGGACAACAUGUGCACCAUCAGUUUGCUGCGGCGCAUAAUCAUCAUCACGGCCAGUAUCAGCCGUUUGCCAGCCUUCUGCCGAGCUAUUCGACGGGUCCGCCGCCGGCUGCCUUCUUCCUUGGACCACUCUUCGGCACCGCUGGCAUGGGCGUCGGCGUUGUACCUGGUGUCAACGAACUUGCUGCUCUCAAACAUUGCCGGCGGAGGAAAGCACGAACUGUUUUUAGUGAUCAACAAUUAGCGGGAUUGGAAGCGAGGUUCGAGGCCCAGAGGUACCUCAGCACCCCCGAGAGAGUGGAGCUCGCAGCUGCCCUGCAUUUGUCCGAGACCCAAGUGAAGACGUGGUUUCAAAAUCGUCGAAUGAAGCAUAAAAAACAAUUGAGAAAGAUCAAUAAUAACGGGGGGAGCAACGGGAGUCUCUCGGGAGGUCAACAGUGUGGAGGACAACCCGCCUCAGCCACUUCUCCAGGGGAAAGACCAGUGGAUUUUUCCCUCAACGGUGGACGCGAGUCCCACGCGAGUAGUGAUGCCGCGGCAGACUCAGACUCGGACGAGAUUGAUGUUCUCGGUGACGAAGCUCCCUCACCGCCUCAAAUGGCAUCGUCGGCUCUUCACCUACCGAGACGCAGUGCAUCUGUGUCAUCGCCAACAGGCUUCCACCGAUCCAAUCAUCACUCCAGUCUGAGUCACUCCCUCCAGUCACCUCCCCAGGAGCAACCACUCCAGCGUCACCAUCGCUGA